UGCCAUUGGGUCUGUGCCUGAAAAGCAUGACCGGAAUCAACAAGUAAAAAACUCAUCUCUCCAAGGCCACACACCUUGCAAGAAGGACCAACCCAAGGCAUCAUGUCAAACACGCCGCUUUCUACCCACCGCCUUGCCAAAGGAUGCAGGAUGCAGAAUGCAUAUCCUUUCUACCCCAGAUUUUCGGCACGGUGAAACCCAUCGGAAUGACGCUUGAAACCUACAACUUCGUCCGUUGGGCCUGACAACAACAACAAUCCUCUUUACCAUCACCAAUGCCACCUGCGCCGCACAGCUAGCCCUCGGACCACCCAUCACACACUCGCAAUGCCGCCCAAAGCGAAGCCGCGCGCGGGCAAACAAGCCAACAACGUCACCAAAAAGGCCAUCCCACCGCCCUUUACACCCGCACCCCCGGAGCUCGAAAACCUCCUCUACACCUUCGACCGCUCUCUCGUCUACAUAACACACGUGGACCCCCAUCCCGCAUGGUUCAAACGCCGCAUCUUCAUCGUGCCCCUCCUGCUCAACGCCAGCUUCGUGCUACUCCUGCUAUGGCGCCUGUACACCAUCGGUCCCCACUACCUCAAUAUUGCCAAGUCCGUCCUCGGACAAGCCAACCACACAACCAUAUACUGGGCCUCCAACACGUGGGGCUCGUUGCUCUGGAAAGUCGGAAGACGCAUGCUCCUGUUCCUCUUCGACUUUUUCCUCUUCCGCAUCGUCGGGCCCUGGCCCUGGAGUUUCUUCGUCGAGCAGCCCGGCAACCCUGUUAGUUGGCGCUGGAACGUCGGGUUUAGAGAUCAAGAGAUUUAUGUGCGGGUUAGUAGGGGGUGGGGAGCGAAGGAUCUGCUCGGUGAGGCGGAGGGAAGCAGCGGGCGCAGAGGAGGCGAGAACCCCUUUUUCAAAACGCGCAUCUUGCCUGCGGUGGAUAAGCAGCGGCUCCGCGAGAAAACAGGCUAUAUGCUUAUGGAUGCGGAUUUUGACCUCGAUUUCUUCGGCAUGGUAGCCGCGACGCAGCUCCUCGACCGCAAGGACAUCACUCUCGAUCAUGUCCGCAAAAGCGUCUUCGUGUACGUUGGCGAUGCGGAGCGCGAUAAUGGCCAGUGGGCUGUAUGGGACUGCGCCAAGCUCGACGAAGGGUCAGAAACGGAAGCUAGGGAAAAAGUCGUUGCCUUCAAAGACAAGCUGACAGCCAUGGGCAAGGAGAGUUUGUUCUUCAGAUGGGUCGAGCUCAUCCAGUACGAAAGUAGUGCCCCUGGUGGCUUUACCCCCGAACGACAAGCUGCUGCGGCCGAAAAAGUAAAGCAAAUGUUUGAGGAUCAAGGGGUCGAUUUUGAACAGUUUAGUAGGGAUAUAGGGGGGUUGGAUGGCAUGACGGAUAUUUGAUUGCAUGCUGUCUCUUCUUCUUUUUUCCGUUCUAGUGCUGAGGGGAGGAGUGGAGGGGGUGGAGGAUGCAUGAAUGAAUGGUUAUGUCUCCAUUGGUCUAGAUUGCGAUGAUACCCUGCUUUCGUGUCUGAAGAAACAAUAGAAUUAUACAUCCAUCCAUCCAUCCAUCCAUCCAUCCAUUCUCGGCGUUCUUUUUUUCCCUCUCCUGCUAGAUUUCUUCUUUGCAUAAUGCGAUGCUAAUAGUUAGUCUU